UGUGUAUGUGUGUGUUGGAGAGAGAUGCAAAGAAACUUACAUGCACAUAGCAACAAGUUUCAUGAACCAGGAGCACUUGCCUUUCUGCAACGUGAAAGAAGGAACUUUAUCCGCUGCCUAUAAAUACCAGUACGUGAGUGUGUGGAGUAGAGGAGAAGAGAACGAUCGACCACAGUGAGUGAUAUCGAGCUAGAUAGACAGAGAAGCUGCAACCAAAGCUCGGAGUAAUGGAGGGCGUGAAGCCGACGAUGGCAAUGGAGGUGGUCGGAGCCGGGAGGGAGAAGGGUGACGCGGCGGCGGCCGUGGCAGCCGGGAGGAGGGGGUGCAUCCGCACGACGAGGGGCCCGUGGACUGUGCGGCGGCAGGGGCGGGGCGGCGCGGUGACGACGUCGCUGAGGCACCCAACGCCGCGAGAGCGGGAGAACAACCGGCAGCGGGAGCGGCGGAGGCGGCAGGUGGCCACGAGGAUCUACGCCGGGCUGCGCGCCAACGCCGGGUACGCGCUGCCCAAGCACGCCGACCAGAACGACGUGCUCCGGGCGCUCUGCGCCGAGGCCGGGUACCUCGUCGACGACGACGGCAACGUCGCGCGCUGCCACGAGCGUUCUUCAGGCGCCGGUACCGGCGACGGCGCAAGCGGCAGCUUCGACAACCUUCAGCUGUCCUCCUACAGCGGCGCCACGGAGGCACUGGGAUCCACCCACCACCAGCCGGAGCCGGAGCCGAAGCACAAGAUAUCGCUUGAGCUGACCCUCUCCUUCACCUACAUGUAGCUGCCAAGAGGCCCUAGACUGAUCACCCUCCGCUUCACUAAUGAAGUAACUAGUACUACUAGGUUCGAUCACAUUAGCAGUGACAGUGAUACGAUAGUGCUAAUUAAACUAGCAAGCUCGCUAGAUUGUCAACAUGAUUUAAGGUUUCGAGUUGUGAAUCAAUCACCAGUGUCAUGGCAUUUUAGUCUAUAAA